UUAAAAUCGCAGAAAAGAUAUUGAGGUCAAAAUCAAUUUAUAUUUUGUGAGUGCUAAAUAAUAUUCUUUCUUGCACAAUGCCUUUUUUAUUAUAUUUUUCACUUAUAUGGUUAAGUAUUUCUCACACACACACUCUUUCUUUUGUCAGAAGCAAACCAGGUAAAAGUCGUAUCAUUGGCGGUAAAGUUGCGUUUGCAGGACAAUUUCCUUACAUGGCAGCAAUUUACAAACAUACCAACAACGGUAACUUUUUCUGUGGAGGUGCCCUUGUCAGUAAUCAAUGGAUAUUAACAGCAGGAUCUUGUGUCAAUGGUGCCCAAUUAUUUACAAUUUAUUUAGGAACAACUAAUUUAAAAGAUGUCGAUAACCCCAACAGUCUUAAAUUAGCCACAGAUGAAUAUGUCUUACGUCCAGAUUAUAAUCCAAAUACUUUUGAAAACGACGUAGGACUCAUAAAGCUUAGAUUGCCUAUUACUUUUACAGUAUAUAUAAGGCCGUUUAACUAUCUACCAACCUUUGACCUUUUACCUGGUACACCUGGAGUGGUGGCCAUGGGUUGGGGACAAACCAGUGAUGAUGAUUCUAGUCUUGUUGAUGAGCUCCGUUUCGUUUAUUUGACUCCUUUAUCCAACGAUGAAUGCAAAUUAGUUUACGGAAACCAAAUCAAAGACGAGAUGGUUUGUGCUGCCGGCAAUAAUGACGAAGGAUUUUGCUUGGGCGACAGUGGAACACCCUUAAUACGAAUCAGGCAAGGUCCAACUGCAACUCAUGUAGGAAUUGCCAGCUUUCUUAGCAAAAAUGGUUGCGAAAGCACUGAUCCUUCAGGAUAUACAAGAACUUUGGAAUAUGCUGAUUGGAUAAGAAACGUCACGGGGGUUGAUAAAUAAAACAAAUUUUGAUGUAGUUUUCUGCAAUAGAAAUGUAAUAGGAAAAAGUAAAUUUUUACACUAGUUCAAACAAGUCCAUUUGAAUAAUAAAUUAUUUGUUCAAACUGUUA